AUGUUUAAAGGGGGACGUUUAUACCUACAACCUACAACCCUUUUAAUAGUCAGUGAUAUACCAUCUAUCUAUCUAUCUAUCUAUCUAUCUAUCUAUCUAUGUCUGUUCAGAUCUAUCUAUCUAUCGCAGCCUGUUCAAAUAUACCUAUCUCAGUUUGUUAUCUAUCUAUCUAUCUAUCUAUCUAUCUAUCUAUCUAUCUAUGUCUGUUCAGAUCUAUCUAUCUAUGUCUGUUCAGAUCUAUCUAUCUAUCUUUGUUAUUCAUCUAUCUAUUCAUCUAUCUAUCUAUCUAUCUAUCUAUCUAUCUAUUCUAUUAUCUAUCUAUCUAUUUGUUCAUCUAUCUAUCUAUCUAUCUAUGUCUGUUCAGAUCUAUCUAUCUAUCUAUCUAUUUCUAUUCAUCUAUCUAUCUAUCUAUCUAUCUAUCUAUCUAUCUAUCUAUCUAUCUAUCUAUCUAUCUAUCUCAGCCUGUUCAAAUAUACCUAUCUCAGUUUGUUAUCUAUCUAUCUAUCUAUCUAUCUAUCUAUCUAUCUAUCUAUCUAUCUCUGUUCAGAUCUAUCUAUCUAUCUCAGCCUGUUCAAAUAUAGCUAUCUCAGGUUGUUAUCUAUCUAUCUAUCUAUCUAUCUAUCUAUCUAUCUAUCUAUCUAUCUAUCUAUGUCUGUUCAGAUCUAUCUAUCUAUCUAUCUAUCUAUCUAUCUAUCUAUCUAUGUUCAGAUUAUCUAUCUAUCGUUAUGCCUUUUGGUCUAUCACAUCUAUCUAUCUAUCUAUCUAUCUUAUCAUAUCUAUCUAUCUCGCCUGUUCAAUCCUUCUAUCUAUCUAUCUGUUUAUCUAUCUAUAAUCUCCAUCUAUUCAAAUCUAAUGUUAAUCGACAUCUCCAACGAUCUCAUAUUUAUAAAACGUCUUUCCAAUCUAUCUAUCUAUCUAUCUAUCUUCUAUCUAACAACUUUUCAAAUUCUUCUUCAUCUAUCAUCGAGCCUGUUCAAAAUAACACCAACUCAGUUUGAUAUCUUUCUGGACACUACUUUAUCUAUCUAUCCAUCUCUUGCUAUCAUCAUUAUAUCUAAAGAGUUUUAUAAUCAUAUAUACAUUAACAAAGAAUCUAACUAUCCUGGAAUUGUAAAACCUGAACAAAUCUAUCUAUCAAUCACAGACUGUUCAAAUAUACCCAUCAACAAAAUUUGUUUUUGA